GGUCCAACAACGCGCGUAAAGCUUCUCCAAUGUUGUCAUUUUGAGAUUGCAGCGCGGUUGUAGACUAUUGUUGAUGUCAAAGACGCAUGUAGAACAAAGUAUCGCUGUAUUUUCAUUCUUUUAUUGGUCGUAUUAGAGACGGAUUUACAGAAUCUCUGGAAUCAUGAGUAAAGUGCAAGGUGGGAUGAAAUGCGUGAAAUAUCUUCUUUUUGUUUUCAACUUCAUAUUCUGGCUGUGUGGCUCGUUGGUGUUGGCAGUGGGGUUAUGGCUGAUGUUUGACCCAAAGACAGACCAGCUCCUGAAUGGAGAGGGAGCCCCCGAGACCUUCUUCAUAGCCGUGUACAUCCUGAUUGGUGCAGGCGGGGUCAUGAUGCUGGUGGGAUUCUUCGGUUGCUGUGGAGCUGUGAAGGAGUCACAGUGUCUCCUUGCGUCGUUCUUUGCCUGCCUUCUUGUAAUCUUUGGUGCAGAGGUUGCUGCAGGUGUGUUUGGAUUCAUGAGCAAAGACAAGAUCAUCGAAGACGUUCAACAAUUCUAUAGUGAAUCUAUUUCAGAGAGUUCUGAAAAUUCCAACGGGACUGCUGUAGCUGAAAUUUACCAGAACAUUCUGAAUUGCUGUGGUGUCCCCAUGCCUUCGCCUUUGUGUCCUGAUGCUGAUGAAGACACAAAGGACUGUCUGAAUGCAAUAAUGGACUUUUUCAAUGAAAAGCUCUACAUUAUCGGAUAUGUGGGGAUUGGUGUAGCAGGAGUAAUGGUCAUUGGUAUGAUCUUCAGUAUGGUCCUCUGCUGUGCAAUUCGGAACAACAGGGAGGUGAUAUAGAAAGACCCUGUAUCUCUACCCCUCCCACCCUGCAGACCCAUCAGCCCUUUGUAAUCACCAUGCCUGAAUGAGGAGGCGACAUCACAUCUGGGCUGGAUGACAGGGGAGCCUUUUUUUUUUUUUAACACAAACAUACAAGUCCAUAGGGUCAAUUUGGUGGUGUGGGUGUGAUAUCACACCCAAAAUAUCACCAGGAUUUCCCCAUCCCCUAGACAGAGGCCUGCACUGUGUGGAGCCAGUGGGACCAGGCCAUCUCUCUUUCCUCUGGCAUCUUUGUUCACUAAAUAUCUGGUCCCUCUCGCGCUUCUCUCCAAGCACAACAUGGCUCAGGAUUUGGCAGUACACUGAGACAUUCCCCAUUUUUUGCACCCUCUAACACUGCUAGCAUUCCAUGUACGUGUAACGGCUUCCUUUUUUUGAUGAAAGAAUGUGAUGGCGGAGGAGCAUUGAUGUAAAUACAAACUCCCUUUUUUGUGUGCUUUUUUAACGUUAUUGAUUCAAUGUCUUUGGUAACCUCAACUUAAAAGGGCAAUCAGCAUUUGAAACAAAGUGUGUUACCAACCCGUUUUGGUAAAAAGCUGAGGGAUGGGGCUGUAACAACUCUCAAAUGAAUAGACAGAGCAAUGGAUGCAAGGACUGGCCAUCCAUGAUAUAAAAAUGAUGGGGUACAACAGUUGAACUAAGCCCAUGAGGCGCUAAUACGUUAUAUUAUUCAAGAAUCAAUGGGUACAUAUUAAUUUAUAAGUACAAGAGUGGAUGUAGCAAAUGCAGAUUUCCCAUUUAAGGGUUAAUUGUGUCUACAGGGCUACUGUAGUCACCCAUCAUCUGCUCGUUAAAGUCGUAUGUAGGUCAGUAACCUUAACUCCAGUCUUGGGAGUUUUACCUAACUGUUGUUGGGACUUGCACCUUUGCAGCAUACAUUUCAUUACUCACUACAUGCCUACAUUUUGCAUCUUUGUACAGACAAGCCCAAGCAACCUAUUCUCACGCAACUGCAUAUUUCACCUGAACAACCUGUAUGGUUUUUGCCCUCGAUUAGCAAAGUGGUGCUCUGCUAGAAGUAUCCCCCGCAUCUUUAUGAGCCGGGAGUGUGGGCCUACAAUCCAAAAAAAGAGCCUGUUUCAACUUGACUGACAUUCUGAAUGACUAUUGUCAUCAGUGUUCAGGGAAGCAGCUACAUUUAUGAAGUACUGUCAUUCUGUAAAUGCCUAACCUUCUGAAGUCUAGAUGAUAAAUGUAUUUUGCAUUGUCCUGAGUGAUCUCUAUUAGAGCAUGCAAUGUGUGAACAGUUACAGUGAGUUAGUGUAUUUUGUGUGAAUUCUUGUAGGCAUUGUAGGCUGUUGUAGAAUCCAGUUUAUGCUAAUAAUGUCAAACAAAAAAAAGAAACCAAUGAAUGCUUUUAAUCAGCAUGUCCAUUUAGUAGCUGCUUUAUUGCCUGUAAAAUAAAACAGUAAUGGGAA